GGGGGGGGGGGGGGGUAUAAAAGGCUGAGCGCAGCUUUAAUCCGCAGCAGCAGAAUCGGAUCCUUCAGAACUCAUCAACGCAGACGGAACCGCAGGUCAGUUGUCCCAGCGUCACCAUGCCGUUCGGAAACACCCACAACAAGCUGAAGAUGAACUACUCCGCGGAGCAGGAGUACCCGGACCUCAGCAAGCACAACAACCACAUGGCCAAGGUCCUGACCCCGGACAUGUACGCCGCCCUGAGGGACAAGGAGACGCCCAGUGGCUUCACCCUGGACGACGUCAUCCAGACCGGCGUCGACAACCCGGGACACCCCUUCAUCAUGACGGUGGGCUGCGUGGCUGGAGACGAGGAGACGUAUGAGGUCUUCAGAGACCUGUUGGACCCAGUGAUCGAGGACCGUCAUGGAGGAUACAAACCAUCGGACAAACACAAGACCGACCUGAACCACGAGAACCUGCAGGUAGACCCAGCCAGACCUGGUUCUGGGUCAGACCCAUGUCCAGUGUCAUUUCACAACAUAAUAUGCUCCCCCUGUCCCCCCCCCCGUCCUCUGUCUGUCCAUCAGGGAGGGGACGACCUGGACCCUAACUAUGUCCUGAGUUCCAGGGUCCGGACUGGACGCAGCAUCCGUGGUUUCUGUCUUCCUCCGCACUGCAGCCGCGGGGAACGCCGCGCCAUCGAGGACCUGUCCAUCCAGAGCCUGGACUCCCUGGACGGAGACCUGAAGGGGAAGUACUACGCCCUGAAGAACAUGACGGAUGAGGAGCAGCAGCAGCUGAUCGAUGACCACUUCCUGUUCGAUAAACCCGUGUCUCCUCUGCUGCUGGCGUCCGGUAUGGCCCGGGACUGGCCCGACGGCCGCGGCAUCUGGCACAACGACAACAAGACGUUCCUGGUGUGGGUGAACGAGGAGGACCACCUGAGGGUCAUCUCCAUGCAGAAAGGAGGCAACAUGAAGGAGGUGUUUGAACGCUUCUGCACCGGACUCACCAAGAUCGAGUCCUUGUUCAAGGAGCGAGGCCACGAGUUCAUGUGGAACGAACACCUGGGCUACGUCCUCACCUGUCCGUCCAACCUGGGAACAGGACUGAGGGCUGGCGUCCACGUCAAACUGCCCCUCCUCAGCAAGCACGACAAGUUUGGAGACGUCCUGAAGAGGCUGAGGCUGCAGAAGAGAGGCACAGGGGGCGUGGACACGGCGGCAGUGGGCGGAGUCUUUGACAUCUCCAACGCCGACCGUCUGGGCUUCUCAGAGGUGGAGCUGGUUCAGAUGGUGGUGGACGGAGUCAACCUGCUGGUGGAAAUGGAGAAACGUCUGGAGGCUGGGGACGCCAUCGACGACAUCAUACCUGAACAGAAGUGACCUAUCUGUCUGUGACCACGCCCCUCCCCCUCUAGCCCCUCCCCAUCACUCCCUGACCCCACAACCCUGUCCUCACUGUAACCAAUCAGAAGCUGCUGGACGUUAGACGUCCGUCUUCCAACAUGUCCUGUGUCCACCUGGACUCAUCUAACACCAACUCUCUAAUAAAGUCUCUGUGGCCUAA